AUCCAUUGCAGAGAACCUCCUCUGAUCUCUGUGGUGGGGAUGAAUUGGUCUCAUUACCUCGCCACCUUCCUGUAGUGGGUUUCAUUCCUUCCUUUGGGUCAUUCUCUUGCUUGAUCCCUCCUCUUCCUUAGUGUUUGAAGCCUUUGGAGACCUCCUUAGCGAUGUCCCUAUUUAGCAAAGGCAAUUUUGAGGAAGACAGCCAGAAGCAACCAGCUGUGGGACACUGGAAGACACUAAUGCCAUCCAAAGGCAGUAAGGAGGAGCCAGAGACUGGAUGCCAGAAUGCUGGAGGUGUGGAUGAGACCCAGUCCACCGAGCAGCUCAAUGUGUCACGUCUACGCAGCUCUUCAGUGGAGAUCCGUGAAAAGGGGUCUGAAUUCCUGAAGGAAGAGCUGCACAGAGCACAAAAGGAGCUGAAACUGAAGGACAAAGAAUGUGAGAGAUUGUCAAAAGUCAGAGAGCAACUGGAGCAGGAACUAGAGGAGUUAACAGCUAGCCUGUUUGAGGAAGCGCACAAGAUGGUGAGAGAAGCAAACACUAAACAGGCGGCGUCAGAGAAACAGCUGAGGGAGGCACGGGGGAAGAUUGACAUGCUGCAGGCAGAGGUAACAGCUCUGAAGACAUUGGUAAUCACAUCCACACCUUCCUCUCCAAACCGGGAGCUGCAUCCUCAGCUCCAGAGCCCUUCUAAAGCUGUUUUCAGGAAGGGCCACGGGCGAAACAAGAGCACCAGCAGUGCAAUGAUCACAGCUGCCAACCAGAACGUGACUCCAGAGCCAGUCAGUCAUGAGUGCAGAGAGGUCGACUCCAUUUUAUUUGCUGAGUUCCAGGCGUGGAAGGAAUCUCCAACUUUAGAUAAAUCCUGCUCUUUCCUGGACAGAAUUUAUCGAGAAGAUGUAGGACCUUGUCUGGAUUUCACUAAGCAGGAGCUGUCGGAGCUGGUGCGGGUGGCUGUGGAGCAGAACACACUCACCAUUGAGCCGGUGGCUUCCCAGACACUGCCUGCAGUGAAGAUGUCAGCUGAAGAGUGUGGUGGGCCGAAGAAAUGUGCUCUGAGUGGCCUUCCCAGGAUCUGCAAGCACCGCAUCAUGCUGGGGGAUUCUGGGAAUUACUACUACAUUUCACCAUCCUGCAGGGCCAGGAUCACAGCGGUGUGCAACUUCUUCACAUACAUUCGCUAUAUCCAGCAAGGCUUGGUGAGGCAGGAUGUGGAGCUGAUGUACUGGGAGGUCAUGCGGCUCCGGAGGGAGAUGUCUCUGGCCAAACUUGGUUUUUAUCCCAGUGAGAUGUAAGCAGAGGCCUGAGCAUGGAAGGAAACUGCUUCUGUAUGAACAGCUUGUCAAACACAGUCUGCCAGACAGAUGAAUGCAGUGCCUUCUGCAGUGGGCCUUACUCCCUCCCCACCUUCCCUCUGCCUGAAGCUGAUCAAGGAGCAAGAAGCACAAGUUCUACCUUCAGCUGUCCCAGUUCUCCAACUGUGACUGGCAUGCAGCUGUCAAACCACCCCCU